GUAUUAAACAACGUGUGCCGUGUGCCGUCCGUGAUUGACUUCUGGGCGUGCACGUAGACUUCGGGCGCGAAGCAUUGCCGACCACUGCGGACAGGCUUGAAGCUUCGCUGACGAUUUCUGCGAAUCUCUCUCUCUCUCUGUGAAACUACAAAAACCUUCGCUCGUUCUUCAAGCUGGGAAGGUGCUCUUUUGGAUCUUCUGCCGACAGCAAGGGCUAUGAGGAGAAUUGGGAUCGACAGUUCUUCCAUCUCAAGCGUUCGCAGCGACAUUUAGAUGGUUGGUACAAGAGAAGCCCAAUUGAGUAUGGGGAAGCAAAACUUCGGGCUCGCGAGGUGCAUUGCGGUGGUGGUGAUCGGAGUCAUUGUGGCUAUCGCAUUUUCAGUCUUGAUGCCACGAAAAACGGAGAAUGGCUGGGCAUUCAGGGACUCCGGGGUUUGCCGCUUCCCGGCGAUUUACAACUUUGGCGAUUCGAAUUCCGACACCGGCGGUCUGUCUGCUGCGUUUUACUGGCUCCCUUCGCCUUAUGGGAACAGCUUCUUUGGCAAACCAUCGGGCCGGUUCUCGGAUGGCCAAGUCGUUAUUGAUUUCAUGGCCGAGAAGCUUGGUUUGCCAUUUCUAUCUGCGUAUUUGGACUCUGUAGGUUCAGAUUAUCUCCAUGGAGCGAAUUUCGCCACUGGAGGCUCUACUAUCCAGCGAAUCGACGGCCGAGCAUUUGACGCGAGACUUAGCCCUAUUUCUCUCGAUCUGCAGCUUCUGCAAUUCCAACAGUUCAAGGCACGGACUAAUGAGCUAUUCAGUGACGGUGUUACAAGCCGUCUUCCACUACCGGGCGACUUCUCCAAUGCUCUAUACACUCUCGACAUCGGUCAGAACGAUCUCCACCUCGGCUUUAAAUUCAUGACAGAAGAACAAGCGCGGGCCUCUAUUCCCAACAUCACACAUCAGUUCGCUUCAGUUGUUGAGAAGCUGUACCAAGAAGGGGCAAGAGCUUUCUGGAUACACAACACGGGUCCCAUCGGCUGCAUACCACUGACCGCCAGGCGCAUUUCCGCGAUGCAGCCCGAUAAGGUGGACGGAAUCGGCUGUGUGAAGUCGCACAACGAAAUAGCUCAAGAAUUUAACAGGCAGCUCAAGGAGAGAGUCAUUGACCUGAGAGCCAAACUCACUGAUGCAGUUCUCACUUAUGUCGACAUGUACUCCGCAAAAUUCAUGCUGAUAAGCGAAGCGAAGCAGCACGGUUUCACCGAUCCCCUCCGUUACUGCUGCGGCCACGACGGAGAUAACGUUGUCCCGUGCGGGAUGAAAAUGGCAGUUGAUGGAGUUGAAGUUUCCGGGGAUUCUUGCAGCGAUCCAUCCCAACACAUAAGCUGGGACGGGAUUCACUACUCUCACGCCGCGAACCUCUGGAUAGCGAACAAAAUCCUGGACGGUUCGUUCUCCGAUCCCCCCGUGGCCAUAACCGAAGCAUGCCGUAAGGCCCUGUAGUCAGUCAUGUGUAGUAUGUAAUAGUCGGAAAACAAGCGACUUGUUCCCAAUUUUCGAAGAGCGAAUCGAACUCCUCCAUGUUC